GUAUGUAUGUAUAUGUGUGUGUGUCUCUUCCCGUGGCUUAAAAAUAUAUAAUCAUCAGAUCACUUCCUUUAGUCAAAACACCAACCACAAAAAAGAGUCAAAUUUUGAAAGAAUGGUUUAUUCUCAGCAGCACAGAAGCAUUAGUAUUCUUAUGCUUCCAUGGCUAGCCCACGGUCACAUUUCUCCCUUCCUCGAGCUAGCCAAGAAGCUCACCCACAAGAGAAACAAUCUUCACUUCUACAUUUGUUCCACGCCUGUGAAUCUCACCUCCAUCAAGCCCAAACUCUCUGAAAAAUACUCCCACUGCAUUGAGUUUGUGGAACUCCAUCUUCCGCACGAUGAGUUGCCUGAACUGCCACCUCACUACCACACCACCAAUGGCCUCCCUCCCCAUCUCAUGUCCACUCUCAAAAAGGCCUUCGACAUGUCCAGCAGCAACUUCUCCAACGUCCUCCAAACCCUAAAACCAGAUUUGCUCAUUUAUGAUUUUCUCCAACCAUGGGCACCCUCUCUAGCUUUGUCGCACAAUAUUCCGGCCGUUGAGUUUUGUACCAUUAACGCUGCCACCAUUAUUUCAAUUUUCGCUAACCAUUUCAAGAAUUCCAGUCUCAAAUUUCCUUUCCCAGGAAUCCAUCUUCGGGAUUACGAGAUCAGAAUGUUCAAAAAUCAGGUGGAGUUUUCAUCAAAUGGCCUAAAGGACGGAGACCGCAUACAGCAGUGCAGUUCUAGUUCUUGCAAUAUCAUUUUGGCGAAGACAUCCAGAGAGAUUGAAGCGAAAUAUAUCGAUUAUCUCUCUGAUUUAGUCGGGAAGAAGAUUGUGCCUGUUGGUCCACUAGUUCAAGACCCACUGGACCAAAAAACCGACGAGGAGUCUCCGAUCAUCCAGUGGCUGAACAAAAGGGAGAAGUCUUCGGUUGUGUAUGUUUCCUUUGGGAGUGAGUACUUUUUGUCCAAGGAGGAAAUAGAAGAGAUAGCUCAUGGGUUAGAGCUCAGCAAAGUGAGUUUCAUUUGGGUUAUUAGAUUUCCCAAGGAAGACAAAACCACUAAAGUUGAAGAAGUAUUGCCAAAAGGGUUUGUAGAGAGGAUGGGAGAGAGGGGAAUGAUAGUGGAGGGUUGGGCACCACAAGCAAAGAUAUUGCAACACCCUAGCGUCGGUGGGUUUGUGAGCCACUGUGGAUGGAGCUCUGUGUUGGAGAGCAUCAAGUUCGGCGUUCCAAUUAUAGCCCUGCCAAUGCAACUUGACCAACCAGUAAACGCCAAACUGGUAGAGGAGGUCGGCGUGGGUGUGGAGGCUAGGAGAGCAGAAGGUGGUGGUUUGCAACGAGAAGCGAUUGCAGAGGCGAUCGGAGAUGUGGUUGUGAAGAAAAUUGGAGAGGGCGUGAGAAUGAAGGCACUGGAAGUAAGAGACAACAUGAAAGAGAUUGAGGAUGAAGAGAUAAAUGACGUGCUGGAGCAGCUGGAGCAGCUGGUGCAACUAUGUGCAUAGAGCAUAUGCGAAAUGGACACAAUAUAUAAAACAGCUUUACGUACGUAUGUAUCAGUUUAAUUUGAAGGAUUAUAUGGUACGUCUACUUCUGUUUUGGUGUUUUUUUCUUUCUUUUUUGUAAUGGAUAACCUGGAAUGCAUUCGUACAAAACGUAAUAAUUUUCCAGAUUAUGCAUUUGCUCCACGGUGUACCAAAUAUUGUGUGACGUUAUUGUUGUAAUAAAAAGAGAAUUUCCUUACA